AUGUCAUUACAGCUUUCACCCAAUCUAAGGAAUCGUCAGAUUUCGAUUUUAGAACGAAUGCUUCAUUUAAACAAAGACGGUUCGGCAGACUUGACAUUGGCCUCCAAGUCGGAAGAAAUCAUCUGGAAAGUUCUUGUUCUCGACCAAAAGUCGCGAAAUAUCUUGUCAUCAGUCUUGCGAGUGAAUGAUUUAUUACGGUGUGGAAUCACUGUCCAUGCAUUGAUUAAUCAACAACGAUCAAAAUUACCAGAUGUACCAGUUAUCUACUUUGUUGAACCCAGUAAAGAAAACAUCAGUACUAUAAUCCAUGACUUGAAUGAUGACAAGUAUGAUACUUAUUACAUCAACUUUACGUCCCAUUUACCUCGUGAUUUGUUGGAGGAAUUUGCCAAACAAGUGGCCCUCCUGGGUAAAGCAUCAAGAAUAAAACAGGUGUGGGAUCAAUACUUGGAUUUUGUUGUUACUGAACCCAACUUGUUUUCAUUAAAUUUGAGCAGUAUAUUUACAAUUUUCAAUACUUCACAAACGAAAGAAGAAACUAUCCAUGACUUGGUGGGCACCAUUGCUGAUGGUUUGUUAUCAUUAAUUAUAAGUAUGGAUGUUGUUCCGAUAAUACGUGCCCAGCAACACGGACCAGCUGAGUUUGUGGCCCAAGAACUUGAUUUGAAAUUGCGAGAAUACUUGAGCAAUGCCAAACUGUUGGGAAAUGACCAUAGUACUGCAUUAACGCAACGGCCAGUACUUAUUUUGUUGGAUAGGAACUUUGACUUAGCGUCAAUGUUUGCCCAUUCGUGGAUUUACCAGUGUAUGGUGAGCGAUGUUUACCUGUUGAAGAGGAAUACCAUCAAAUUGCGCAAAACCACCAAGGAUAAGAAUGGCAUUGAAUCGGAAUCGGUUAAAAAUUACGAUAUUGAUCCUCGUGACUUUUUUUGGAGCAGGUAUGCCCAGUUGCCAUUUCCUGAUGUGGUUGAAAAUGCCGAUGUUGAAUUGAAUGCAUAUAAACAGGAGGCGAAGGAGAUUACCAACAAGACGGGCAUAACGUCUUUGGAUGAUAUCGAUCAAAACUCCACCAGUUCAACAGCAAAUAUUCAACAAGCUGUUGAAAAAUUGCCCGAGUUGACGGCAAGAAAGGCAACUUUGGAUAUGCAUAUGGAUAUUUUAUCUAAUUUGAUUAAUGAAUUACAAGCCAAGAAUUUGGAUACUUAUUUUGAAAUUGAACAAAAUGCUGGAGGUAAUCAUAAUGAUACAAAGAUAUUGAAGGAAUUUAUGGAUUUGUUGAAUAACGAUGAUGCUAAACAAGAUACUUCGUUGGAUAAAUUACGUACAUUGAUCAUCUUGACCCUUGUUAGUGAUCACUUAUCGCCAGAUUAUAUUUCCAAAUUUAAAUCAAUCUUGCUUCAGCAUUACCCCGAUUUGGACAUGUCAGCCUACGAAUAUAUCUUGAAGUUUAAAGAACAUCUGAAACUUGCCAAUUUGUCCAAUUUGUCCGACUCUUAUUCCGGUGGCAACAACCAUAAUGGCAGUGGAGGAAUAUCGUCGUCCACAUCAUCAUCCAAUGCGCAAACUUCUUCAGCGUUGCUUAGUGGAUUAUCAUCGAAACUUUACGGAUUGACUGAAGGUCGUAUAUCUGAAGGUUUAAGUUCGAUAGCAUCAAAGAUUAAAAAUUUCAUCCCUGAACGAAAUUUGCUCCCCAUUACUAAAAUUGUGGAAGCAAUUAUGGAUCCAGCAAAUUCCAAUCAACAAUCGAUCAGUUUAACUGAUGAGUACUUGUAUUUCGAUCCCAAAGCAAGAGGAGGUGGACAUUCCAAACCACCAAAGAGACAAUCGUAUAGUGAUCUGAUUGUGUUUGUUGUGGGUGGUGGUAACUAUUUGGAAUAUGUUAAUUUGACUGAAUGGAGCGGUCAACAUGGAGGGGGCGAAGCUGGCAGUAGGAAUGGAGGUGCUGGAGCAAGUGUUGGCACAGGUGCAGGUGCAGGUGCAAGUGGAUCUACUGCUGGUGGUGCUGGUGAUAAGGGGAGACUAAAUGUCAUUUACGGAAGUACUGAUAUCCUCUCGGCGACGGAGUUUUUAAAAGAAUGUGAACAGUUGAGCAAAAAUUAG